AUGAGCAUUGUGUGUGUCUACUUUGUCUCUCCUUUCAUAGGGCAUGGAACUCAGAUCCUUGAAAUCGCCAUGGAUCGCUUUCGUGAAAAUGAAAAUGGCAUACUUGUUGCUACAGAUGUUGCUGCAAGAGGUCUUGAUAUUCUUGGUGUUAGAACUAUUGUCCACUAUCGACUUCCACAUUCAGCAGAGGUUUAUGUUCAUAGAAGUGGAAGAAUAGCUAGAGCUUCUGCUGAAGGUUGUUGUAUUGCUUUAAUAUCAUCAAGAGAUACAUCAAAGUUUGCUUCAUUGUGCAAGUCAUUUUCCAAGGAUAACUUUCAAUGGUUUCCUUUAGAGAACUCUUACGUGCCAGAGGUCCUAAAACGAUUGUCUCUUGCACGUCAAAUAGACAAGAUAACAAGGAAUGAAUCCCAAGUAUACUGA